UUUUUGUUUGAAUAAAAUAUUGUCAUUAAAAAAUUUGAUUUUCUCUUUUGGCAGAAGCUGAGUUUGAUCAUUUAUAAUGUAAAAAUUGCAUGCAGAUAUCAUUUUAUAAUAUUGUUUGUUUUCUGUUUGUAGCAGUUAGAGUAAAUGUGAAAAAGGUCCAGGCAAGUAAGGUAUGAAGAAUGGUCAGACAACAUUGUUUCAAACAUGGGGAUAUUUUGAAAAACAAAAAGAUCAAAAACAAGAUAUAAAUGAUCAAGAGCUAUGUGACACUUUCAAAGAUGACAUAGACAUUGAUGAAAACCUUUUGGGUGAAAAAUCCUUCCUUGAUGACAAAUUUCAAAAGUUAACGUCACCAGAGACGAUAACAGGCUUUGAUAUUUCAACAGGAAGUAAUUAUGUUUACCCAACAAACUACCCAAUCAGAGAAUACCAAUUCCGAAUUAUCAAAAAGGCAUUGUUGAAAAAUACACUUGUUGUAUUGCCAACAGGCCUUGGAAAAACAUUCAUUGCUGCGGUUGUAAUGUAUAAUUAUUAUCGAUGGUAUCCUAGUGGUAAGAUAAUUUUUAUGGCACCAACUAAACCUUUAGUGGCUCAACAAAUAGAAGCAUGUUACAAGAUAAUAGGGAUUCCUCAGGAGGAUACUGCUGAAAUGACAGGAACGAUGCAGCCAAUGAAAAGACUAACUUUGUGGCAAAAUAAGAGGGUCUUUUUCUUGACACCACAAAUUCUGCAGAAUGACUUAGCAAAGGGGACAUGCAGUGGCACUGAUGUUGUUUGUUUAGUAUUUGAUGAAGCCCACAAAGCUCAGGGUAAUCACGCAUAUUGUCAGGUUGUUAAAGACAUUAAGAAGGUUAAUCCACAAUUCCGUAUUCUUGCUCUUAGUGCUACGCCAGGAGGUGAUAUGAAGGCUGUACAGAAGGUUGUGGACAAUCUGCUGAUAUCACAUGUCGAGAUUCGAUCAGAUGAAAGUGCAGAUAUAAAGCGGUACAUUCGAGAUAGAUUAGUGGAGAAAAUUGUUGUACCGAUAACUGAAGAAUUGAAAAACAUAAAAAACACAUUUAUGGAAAUUCUACGCAGCAUAGUAAAUAGGUUGUAUUCCAAGAAGGCAUUGUGGCAGAAUGAUCCAGAAAAAAUUUCAAAGUUUCUUCUGUUAAAAGCUAGGGAACAAUGGAGGUUGAACAAUGCUUUAGGAGACAAGAAUAAGAUGGGUUUAAUUGAAGGUGAUUUUGCAUUGUGCAUGUCUCUUUAUCACGCCUAUGAACUUCUCCAACAGCAUGGCAUCCUCUCAUUCUACAAUUUUUUGAAGGGUAUUUUAUCUGGUGUAAAGGGAACGUCACGCUCAAAGGUGGAACUUUCAAAAAAUAACCAUUUUAUGAAAAUGAUGGAAGAGUUGAGUGUAAAAAUAGAACCAGAUGUAGCCAAUCUUAGUUUCAGUGAAAGUUUCCUUGGCAUAAAACAAUUAACAACCAAACAAAGGUUACUUAAAACCAUCCCUAAACCAAAGGAUGGAUUUUACAGUCACCCAAAAUUAAAAAAGCUGGAAGAAAUUGUUAUAGACCACUUUACAAAAGCUCAGCGUGAAAACGAGGCUAACAAUAUAAAAAGUCAGACUUGUUUAAAUACCAGAGUGAUGAUUUUUUCACAAUAUCGUGACAGCGUGCAAGAGAUUACAGCUUUGUUAAAUAAACAUGAACCAUUAGUGAGGGUGAUGUCAUUUAUUGGACAAGGAAGCAAAGAGGGGAUAAAAGGAAAGAAUACUAAAGGUUUAUCUCAAAAAGAACAAAUUGAAAUUUUAGAGAGGUUUCGUCAAGGUGGGUUUAACACUGUGGUUUCAACAUCAGUUGGUGAGGAAGGUUUAGAUAUAGGUGAUGUAGACCUCAUUGUCUGCUAUGAUGCUUCGAAUUCUCCAAUACGAUUAGUGCAAAGAAUGGGAAGAACUGGUCGUAAACGAAAUGGAAGGAUUGUGAUAUUAGUUGGGGAAGGAAAGGAGGAAGCUACAUACAAAAGAAGUCAAAGCAACAAGAAAGGGAUACACAGUCAACUUUUAAGUGCAGCCAAAUCGUUACAACUCUACACUGAAGAUUGUCGAAUGAUACCAAAACAUAUCAACCCAACAUGUAUAAAAACAUUCAUUGAUGUAUGUGCAUACAGAAAAGAUGAGAAGAAAACCAAGAAGGGAUGUACAAAAACUACGAAAUCUAAAGCAGAUAAAAAGGAAGUGAGUUGUGAGGAGUGCGAACGAUUACAGACAGAAAAAUGUGAAGUCCAUGCAACGAAGACUCGAAAGAGAGCAGAAAAGAAAACUGAAAACUUUAAAAAACCUAAGGUUACUAAAAAGGCUGGAAAAAACAAAGAAAAUAAACUUAAUUCUGGAGAAAUUUGGCGAAAACAUUAUACUGAGAGCUUGCGUCACGAUGUUGCAGCUAAUGAAGAUAAUAGUGAUGAAGAAUUUGACAGUUUUUUUGAUAAUCAACUCAAAACAGACAUUCAGCAGAAACUUAAAAACGAUAUAUUUGGAAGUAAGAAUGAUAUUGCUGAUGAACAGUUAAAACCCUGUCCGCUUGAAGUAUUACUCGAAAAAGUUGAAAGUGACAUCAAGAAAAACAAAAAGAAGGUGCGAGUAACGAAACUUCCAAAGCGUUUGAGUAAAGAAGCAGAACAUAUUGAAGACAAUCAGCUUGGCUUUUGCAGCCAGGUCUCUAUGGAUACGUUAUAUAAUCGUUGUCAAGAGAGAAGAAAAAGCCAACUGGAGUCGCUUUUACAAAUAACAGAAGAGGACUGCGAAGCAAACGGUGAGCAAGACAUAGAAGUGAAUGGAACUGAAGAAAUUAAUGAUGGUGGUGACCUAAAUGCUGUACAAGGUUUGUCUGGCUUAUUAUCAAUAACCUCGCCUGUUCAAACUGACAAAAUUGAAUCAGCAAAAGUUUUUGGAGAGAAUGCAGCUAACGAAGUUAACGAUAGUGAUGAGCUAAAAGCUUCACAAGGUUUGUCUCGCUUUUUACCGAUGACCUCGCCUGUUCAAACUAGCAAACUUGAAUCAACAAAGAAAGUUUGUGUAGUGACACCAUUUGUGCCGGAGAGUGUUCCGGAAGCUCCGAUUGAUAUCGACCUUAGUAGCUUUCUUCUCGAUCCUACAGAUGAGGAUUUAAUAGUGAAGUCUCCCAAGUUGAAAGAAAAUCAAGACAAUAAUGUGGUGCCAUUGGUUGAAUCCAAGUACACAUGUGUCAAAGAGAAAGACAACAUCAUUUCUAUUAACGAUGAUCUAUUGUUUUCUGAUGACGGCGAGGAGGAGGACGAUGAGGAGAUGAGCUCUCCUCCUGUGGUCUCUCAGUUGAUGCAAAGUAAACGAGUCACAGAGGAUACAAACACUGCGCGAAAAAUAAAUCUCAACGAUAUAUUUUCAAACUGUUCUGAGACGGAGAAUGUGGAAAAUAAUGAAAGUCCAAUAAAACGAAAAAAAGUUUCGAAAAAAACAUUAAGGAUAGAGGAUGAUUCGAUACCUCUUGCGGGCAUCGACACUUCUGAACCUUUUAACUAUGAAGAGGAAAGUCCUUUGUUUAGAAAACCGAAACGAAACAGACGUCGUGUCUUGGAAUCUCAAACAACGCCAAUUCAUGCAACGGUAAAUGAUAAGAAAAGGAACGAAUCAGGAGGUACAAAACGUAAAUGGUCAAACAAUUUGAACGUGAAAACUACACAACUUAAGGGUAAUUUGCAUGCACGCAUGUAUAUCGAUGACGAAGCUGAGGACGAUUGUGACGAGUCUCAUCAUGAAAACGAGGUUACAAUCGGUGGAUAUUUACUUGACAGUUUUAUUGAUGAUGCAAGUCAAGUUACCCCCGCACCACGAAAGAAAAGAAGAACAAAGCGCGACAGUGCCGACACGCCCGACAUGGAUGUGAUCUACAAACAGUCGCUGAUGAGCCCAAAAUUUUCGCUUCUCAAUUUCCGUACUCCUGCGUUCAAAAUGAAUAGAAAUCGAUAUAAGAUGGUGGAAAAAUGCAAUUAUGCUUCCGAUGAAAGUUCUGAAGCUGAAGAAGUGAAUGGCUUGGUCGAGAGUGAGGAAAAUCUUUCUGCGGAAGAAGAGAAUACAAGUUGUCAUGACGACAGCACUAAACCAGAGAAACAUAGCAACAACAGACCGACUAUCAUGAAAAAUGUUGGUCAAAACCGAUGUGGUAGAGUGAGACCAUUUAAAGAUUCCGAUGACGAAGAUUUUUUGCAACCCAAUGUGUCGUUAAACAAACGACGUCAUUCCCCAGCAGAUGAGAACGGCGCAAUAAAAAGUGACGAUUCGUUGAAAGUGACGUUUGACUGUCGACCUUGGUGUAAAACGUUUUCUGCCGAUGACAUAACUGUGGUGACGUUUAGUUUUGACAUCCCCUGGGUUGAGUCGCCUGAAAAAGGGAGAGUAAAUACAAGAUAUACCGUCGACUCUCCUCCACACGUUGUUAUUGUAGACAGUGAGCAUGCGAAAGACAGUCAAAUUCCGUCGUUGCUUCGUACAAAUCAUCAAUGUCAUGUUAUCUGUCAUUCUCAAGUUGGGAGUCAUUAUGCUGUCAGUUUAAGAUGUGGAAUUGUCAAAACAAAAUUAUCGGAUAUAUCAAAUAAAUUGGAGUUAACAAGACUGAAAGAAGCUCUGAGUACGCUAACGCAGUUAUAUAAAAAGCCAUGCUUAAUCAUUGAAAAAGACUGCGAUAAAAAAAUGAUUCCUUCAAAAAACUAUUUCGUUAAAAAGUUUUCUCAUCUCAACGUAAUACACAGUGCUGAUGAAAUCAACACUACUAAAUUGAUAUUCAAACUUCUCAACGAAGAGCUGAGUGUUGGUUGCACUAUAAGUCAUCUGCGAAAACCACAUCCAGAUCAAAUGAUAGCGUCGUUGCUUCAAAUUUCCUCAAUGACGUAUCCAAUAGCCUUAGAAAUAUCCAAUCAGUUUAGAGAUAUCUACGAUUUAAGGAAAAAAUCGUAUGACGAAUUAAAGGGAAAAUUACCAAAUGUUUCUUCCCAGAUUGUCGCUAAUCUAUUUCGCUACAUUCGGGAAAAAUGUUGAACGCAUUUUAAAAGAACUAGCAUUUAUACUCUUUCAUUGCCGAACUUGUAUAAAACGUGUUUUCAUGACAAUCACAUUAAUUAGAUAUACGAAAUGAUGAAACUCUUCAUCGUGCUCAACAUCGUAGCUUCUCUUCAUCGUAGAUGUUAUUCUUCCUUCAACGUGAACAGAUAUAUAGAAUGAGGAUUUUUUCUACAUGUUACCACAACACAGCAUAUAGGAAAAUAAAAUGAAUUCAAUUUUUAUUUAUUUAUAUUUUUGUAAAUACUUGUUUGUAAUUUUCA